ACAGCGUCUGAUAUUCCCUCCGAAUACUUUAUUUUUGGUGCGCCGCGUACGGGACCCGAUGACGGCGUGCACACCGAUGGUUAGGUGAACUUAAUCACGGAAAGUUUGAAAUACUUACUAAGCUCCUCCACUUUUCAAAUAGUUUGAUCAUGGAGAAGUUACAUAAACAACCAGAUGCUUACACGAGGGAUUACAAUGCCUUCAUGAACGAGCUCAGACAGUUCCAUCAGAAUCGAGGGACCUAUUUUCGUCAUAUGCCUCGUAUAAAUGGGAAAGAUGUGGAUCUGUAUUCACUAUACAAUCAAGUGACCGCCCUAGGCGGAUGGGAAAAGGUCAACGACAACCAAAAAUGGGAAGCAAUACUUGAGACACUUAAUAUCAUUAAAGGAUGUGUCAAUGCUUCACUGGCUCUUCGCCAGAUUUACAUAAGAUACUUAGGUGCGUAUGAGAAGAUCCAUUUUCUUGGAGAAAUACCUGACAAUGUCCAAUCCUCAGACAGUCGUGCUCGCAAGUCUUACACCUCUAUGCUGCACCUUGUGCCCAUGACUUAUAAUUAUGCACAGCAUGAAAUUUCAGAAUCUCUUCGAAACUCUGCUGGUCUCUCUAAAGAACUACCCAAGAAUGAGUACAAGAAGUUGUGUCUGAGUCUUCUUAGUGGCUUACCAAAUGAAGAGGAUUUUGCUUUAAAUGUUUGCAGUAUUCUUGCUAAUGAAGGACAACACGUUCUCCAUUUGGAACAGACUCCACAGUUAGUGACAUUGUUACUGGCACAAGCAGGCAUUUGGCCAACUGAUCAUCAUCUCCAUACUUUGUAUCUUGACCACUGGAAGGACUUGGAAGGAAGAAGAUUUGAAAGGUUUUGGGAAAAGAUUCUAAGCAAUAGUGAUGCAGAUGUGCUUAAUUUAUGGAGACAAAGUAGCGGGAAGAAUUUGGUCCCUGGUGAAUCUUGUUCUUUGAAUCUUGGUGAAGAUGUGGGAGCUUACAACCUUGAGGGACAGCGAGUGUUGAGGAUUCUCUUGAUACUGCACAACUUAUCCUUUGAAGAACACAACAUCUCUGUCUUAGCAGCUAGUUCAGACUGCAUCAGGAUGCUUCUUUUGUGUGCACACAGCAAAUGGUCCAGCUUGAGACAGAUUGCCUUAGAUACUCUGGGAAAUAUUGCUUCACGGGUUUCUCUAGAUGUAGAAAAAGAUCUGGUUUCAAGGAUAAUGUGGCGAACAGUGACACAGGGUAUUCUGUCACAAGAUCGACACUUGACCAUCACAUCUCUGGAAAUACUAGGCAAAUUAUGUCAGUCUGAGAGCAGUGAAGAAGUAAUUGCUUCAGACCUUCAGUUUGAAGUUUGUGAAAGAAUGUUCAUGUUACUGACCGUCCAAGACAUCAUGUUGCUUACUCACACCCUCGAAGCAUUGUAUGCAAUCUCUGGUCUAGGCAAAAGGACUUGUGAAAAAAUCAUCAGAGUCCACAAAUGCAUUGCAAUUCUGGUAAACAUGCUGACACUAGACCCAGAAAGCUGUGGAGAUAAAACACACAAGAACUACAAGCUGGUUGAAACGUUUGAAACAGGAGCUGUACCAGUUUCUCAGACAUCUCAGCAGAACGUAUCUCGUCCUGGUACUCCUUCACACGCAACAGCUUCAUCUGCAACGUCGACUCAAACAAAAACUACUCCACAUCCUUUAUCAGAAGUAGAUUCUGAAUCAUUCGCAUGUAACUGGUUAGUGAGUACCUAUGAAGUUGCUUUGGGCCAUUCAGUAGCAAGGAAUGAUCUUUAUGCUGAAUAUGUUACAGCAUGCAACAAGGCUGGUAGAAAAGGGGUUGUCAAUGCUAGCAUCUUUGCUAACUGUGUAAGAAACACAUUCCCACAUUCAGGCUUACGAAAAGUUGACUCUAAAAAUGGAAUCAUCACUUUCCACCAUGAUGGAUUAAGAAGAAAACCAAAUGCUGGAUUUUCAAUUCCUUUAGCAAUUAACUUAGGAACACAUCAAGGAACAGCAGCUACUAGCGGUUUAGGACCACCUUUGUCUCGUACACCAUCUCCUUGUCCUUCUCCAGUUACUAGUUCCAGUAGUAGUCCAAUCUUGAAGGGCAAGCUUACCUCUACUUGUUCAUCACCCUCCUCUAACCAGUCCCGUCAACAACCCACCCAAACUGUAUGUGGUUCAAACCUUUCCUCGGGUUCAAGUUCUCUAAUCAAAACUUUACUGGCCAGUAAGGUUAGCAGGAAUCUUCAGAGAAACCAGCUACUUACCCAGAAUCAGACAUCUGCACAAGGAAACUUGCCAGAAUCAGUCAAUCCAGUUUCCCAGAUCACUUUAUCUGAUUCACUUUCUUCAGCUACACACAUGACAUUAUCAGAAGAAAUCACUUCCACUAGUCCAAAUUCACAGGUCAAUCUAUAUCAUUCAGUUUCCCCAGCAGUUACAGUCACACAUGCAAGUUUGUCAACAAUGGUUACAUCAGUUAAAUCAACUCCACAAGUUACAUCAUGUCAAUCACCUUCUCCAGUUACUCCUGUAAGUGUUUCAGAAAUGACAGUUACUACUAAUUUAACAUCACAGUUCACACAGUCUCGGUCAGUUACUUCACCUAAUACAGUUACCAAUGUAACAUUAACAGAGAUGAUCAAUUCAGCCUCUAUUACAGCUCCACUAGCAAUGUCAGCUGCCUCAGUUACCCCUGUUACUUCAUUUAAACAUGCAAGUGUAUCAAAGUUGGUUGCUCCAGCUGAACCUUUUACACGAGUGAUAUUUCCUGAAUUAGUUACAAUGGCUUCUUCAAAACCUCAUAUAACUUUGUCAGAAUCAGUCAUUUCAUCCAAUACAGAUUCACCAAAAUCACUAUUAAAUUCUAAUACUCCUUUGAUUUAUGUUAAUAAUGCCAACAGUAUAAGUCAUUCCAGUGACAUACAACCAGGUAUGGAAGAAAAAGUAGCUGCCAAUAAUCAGCUAAAACCACAAUCAAAUUUUCAGAUGUCUAGUCAGGUCUCCAGCGUUACUUCUACUAAUCCCUUGGUUAUUAAAACAGAAUCAUCUGUUACUUCUUCACAUGUGAAUGGUGUUCAACGAGAUAUCCUGUCAGAGAUUUGUUCAAAAGUAUUUGCUGAUGAUUCAUUAGAAGAAUUCUCUAAUUUAGAAAACUCUGUAGAAAACAAUCAUAGUGAAGUGAUGGUGGUUGACAACCCAGGAACAGUUACCCAAGAUACAGGUUUUAACCACUUAAACAAUUGUGUCGGGAAUAGUGGAGAUGAAAAUAAUGGCUCUUCACAAUUUUAUAGUUUGCCAUUUAAUGUGCAAAUCACCAAACCUUUUGACUGUUCAUCUACAGUGACCAACUCCUUAGCCAAAUCCACAAUUGUUGUUCCAAAUGGAAAUGAUCAGUAUGCUGUCACAAAAUUUGUUCUUUCUUCACCAGGAACCUCAGUAGCCUCAAGUUCUAUUUAUGCUGUAAGUACCAGUAAAGCAGUAGUCUCAUCGCCUCAGCUUUCUGAGACCGUUUUAAGUGGCACGAAGGAGACAGAUGAGGUUCGUAGGAGGCAGCUAGUUAAAGACAAAAUUUUCAAGAACUCCCCUCUUCUCAAUGGGCUAUUAGAUAAAGGCAAGUUUUCUUUAUCUGGAGAGCAGAUAACUAAUAUUAAUUUAGAAAAUCACAAUGGAAACGGCGAAGGUAGUUGUGCAGGUUCACCAAAGAUUGGCAGUAAUAGUGGUGUUGUGUUAGGAAGAAUAGUUCUAGAUUCAAAAGACAUUAUUAGUGGGACACCAAAUAUAGUGAACAUAUCAAACACUGCAUCUGGUACUCUUAUAGCCAAUAACCAAAUGGUAAGCUCAGAAGACAGGCUACCAACAGGGGAAGCCACAAGCACAAAUGGUUUAUUCAAAGAUUCUGAAACUCCAAUUUCAGGCACAGACCUGUCCUCUCUCUCAGACAUAGCUAGAACUGUGGAGUGUGCAUCCAAAGUCAUUUCGAGGACUAACAUAGAAAAUCAGUGUAAUCAACAGCCUGUACCCAAUACAGCUGUACUUCAGCCAGCCAAUCUAACCAUGUCUCAGGUGGUUCCAUCAUCUGGCUGCCAGACUGCUACAUUUAUUGUUAGUAUUCUCAAUCCGAGCCAGGCACUGCCAACACAACACCUCUUGCUACGUGCCACAGGAAACUCGGUAGUUCGACUGGAAGAUUCUGUGGAACUAGUAGGGUUCCCACCUGUUGCCAAGACACAAAUAUGCCACCAGAAUGUUCUUAGCAGUCAGACUUCUGUUAAACGACCGUCCACUGAUAGUACCCCAUCUACAGUGUAUCCAGCAGACUCUAAACGACCUCGACAUGACAGUAAAGUUUCAUCCAAAUCAGUUUCAACGCACAGCCCAGAACUUCAUCCAAACAAGGAAGUGGGCUCCUCUUCCUGUAAGACUCCUCAAGCUACAAAGCAAAAUAGUCACUCCUCCAAGACAGCAUCUUCAGGAAAUAAGCAACGAAGCUCCUCCCACCAUGGCCGAACUACCAAGGAGUUGGGAUCAGGAGCACGAGAAAAGAAAGGACAAGAAAAACAGUCUUUCAGUCUAGCAAGCAAGUCAACAAUGAAUAAAGCUACCAACAAAAAACUAGAAUAUAUGUGUGAAUGGAAGGGUUGUGGAAGGAUAUUUCCCACACCUUCUGCUGUGUUGUUCCACAAUGCUAAGUGUCAUGUUCCAGCAGUGAAGGGAAAUUUCUUGUGUCACUGGGAAAACUGUGACUCCAUGAAAAGGAAACAGUUUUCUUUACUCACUCACAUUCAGGAUCGUCAUUGUACAGACCAGUAUCUCCAAACACAAGCUUUACGGCGGGAGGAAAUUUCUCAGCGAGGAAAAACAACCAUCCCACCACCCCCACUUCCUCCAAGGCAUCCUGGCUAUGCUCCUGAUGCAGCCUUUUUAGCAAUACGUAGACAUGCUCUUCAAUUUGUUCAGCAAAAGGACAUAAGGGAAGAAAAAGAGUGCCCAUUAACAAAGAGCAUCCGACUCACUGCAGCCCUCGUACUGAGAAACCUGAUCAUCUAUUCGGAGCUAGCUCGCAGUUAUUUAAAGUAUUAUGAGCCAGAACUAACUCUACUAGCUAUGUCAUCUAAAGAAGGGGCUCAGACAAUAGCUCACUGUCUAGCAGAGCUGUGUAAGAAUCAAGACUGAAGGGGCAAUGAAAAUAGUGGAAUAAACCUUCUGCAGUCUUUUUCAAAACCUUCAUGUGGUCCAUAGCUGGAGCUUUAAUGAGCCAUGAAUAAAAAAUGUGUAUUUAGCAGUGAGGACUUGAUAUAUGUAAAUUAUUUCCAUUGACAAUUUCUGUAAAAGAUAAUUUGUUGUCUGGGUGAACAAAAGUAAAGAUGCUGGUUUCUGGACCUAUUCUUUAAAGAGGAAAUAAUACUCCAAAGUUUGUUUGUUAUAAAGGAUUUUCAAUCCUACUUCAUUAACUGACAAAAUCAUUCAAGAAUGAUGUUUCAGUUAGUAUCAACCAGUGUGAAUUAAAGUUUCUGUAGAUGUAUCUCGGCUAGCAACUCAUUUUCUUGCUAAGCUGUUCAGAAGAGAGUGUCGUUUGACAGUAUGAACCAACAUUGUUAGCUGUGAUUUCAAUAGAUAAUCUCAGCCAGAGGCUCGCUGUGAGACAAGUUAUUUUGGAGAAUGAGUGUGUAGUUGAACUUUUUAAGAGAGUAUUAAUGAUUGUGCAAAAUGACACCACAACAUAUAUCUUGUUAAGAAUGGAAGAUCAUGAUAAUAUCUGCCCAAGAAGAGAUACCAUUGAUUUUAUUGUUUUUAGUACUUGUCAGAUGGGAACUUUUGAAUAAAACAAAUCAUGAAGAAACAGUCCUCAUGGUGAAGAGUUUAGAAAUUUGUUGUAUGAUAAUUCAGAGACUCAGAUUAUCAAAAUAAAGAGGAAAAGUUUUGGGGAAAACAAAUAUUUAUAUUAUAUGCAUGUAUUGUUUCAUUAUUUAACUUUUUGUUUGUAAUUAGAUGCUGUAAAUGCAAAGAGAAAUUGAUUUCUUUUAUGAAUGUCUCGUAAAGUGAUGUUAGAGAAAUUUUUUAUACGAAAUUUUCCCAGUCUUUACCAUUGGAUGGUGUUGCCAUUGUGUACUUUUUUAUGGACCAAAAAAAUGGCAUCAUUUUGCUUUAUUUGUGAGAUGUGAUGUUAAACUAGUUGCAUAUAAAUUUGCUUGCAUUUCUUGUACAGUACUAAUCAGAGGGUGGAAUCCCUUAAAAAUCACUUUUUUUUAGAGCUUUUAUUCUAAUGUGAGUACAAAUUACACAUUAUGAUGUAAAAUGUACAUUGUCUUUAGUCAUCAUUGUAAUCAUCAAGCAGCCAUCUUCAUUUUAUGAUCAACCUCCAUUUUCUCUCAUUAAAUGUGCAGACCUACAAUAAUUUGAAUGAGUAAAAAAUGUUUUGUAAAUUUUAUUGGAAUGCACAUUCCAAUACAUUUCCCAUUUUCUUGUCCAUAAUAUAAUAAAUUUCUGGCAAUUCUACGGCACAUAAUGUUAUAACUUAACACUGUUUGUCAGUUUUGUCUGUAAUUGUACAUUUCAAACAUUUGUACUGUUGGUCAAUAUGAAAAUUCUUUUGUGUCUAAAAGAGUAUUUUAUGUGAUUUUAUUGUUGGUAGCUUUUACUAAACAGGCUAGAAUUCUGCUUGGAGUUUGUUUGCAGAGUGUAAAUAAUAAAUAAUGA